ACAGAGUGCGCAUGCGCGAGCAAGUAAACUUCCUUCAGGAGUCUUGUGGUUUACAUGAUGGGAACACAAUCAAUGAGGUUUGGUUUGUGCAUCUGCAGAUCAUUGGGCCGAGUGCGGACACACUUCAUCAUCAUCUCUAUUGUGUUGCUGCUUCUGGCCGGAGUCUCCCUGACCUUUUUAUUGCCUAACAAUGAGGACGGCAGGAUUCUCCGACAGCUCCGCCAUAGAUCCAACGCCUCACUCACCCUCCCAGACCCAAAGGACAGUUUUACUAUAAUCAUGCAAACGUACAACCGCACCGAUAUACUCCUCAGGCUCCUCAAUCAUUAUCAGGCUGUGCCUCACCUGCAGAGCAUCAUCAUAGUGUGGAAUAACCCCGGCGAGCCACCGCCCAGGAAACUGUGGGAUGACCUCGGCCCACACCCUGUGCCCGUCUUCUUCAAAGAACAGAGCGUCAACAGAAUGCGCAAUCGACUGCAUCCGCACCCCGAGAUCAAGACGGACGCUGUUUUGAUGCUUGACGAUGACACAUUGGUCAGUGUUCCCGACAUCAGCUUUGCAUUAUCUGUCUGGAAGCAAUUCCCGGAUCAGAUAGUGGGUUUUGUUCCUCGGAAGCAUGUGACCACAGCAUCUGGUGUGUACAGCUAUGGCAGCUUUGAGCUUCAGGAUCCAGACAAAGGUGGAGGCGACAGCUAUUCAAUGAUCCUAGUGGGAGCGGCGUUCUUCCAUGGGCGCUUCCUGAAGCUGUUCCAAGAUCAGCCCGGUGAAGUGCACGCUCUGGUGGACCAAACCCAGAACUGUGACGACAUCGCCAUGAACUUUGCUGUGGCACAUCAUCUCUCGCAGGCGUCCGGACUGAAGCGCCCCUCCGGGGUGUUCGUGAGGCCCGUAGAUAUGCGUAACCUGGAGAAGGACGCCAGCAGCGGGUAUGUGGGCAUGUGGCACAGAGCGGAGCACAUGCUGCAGCGCUCCUACUGCCUCAACAAGCUGACGCAGAUCUACGGAGAAAUGCCGCUCCGCUACUCCAACAUCAUGAUCUCACAGUUCGGCUUUCCCAGCUAUGCUAAUCACAAGAGCAGGAUAUGAUGUCGGGACAUUUUGAGUGACGGAUGCAAUCUCAGAAAUGAGAUAUUGCAUCAUGUUUUUGGACAAAUGCCAUGUCUGGCGAUUUUAAACACUUGGAAGUGCACAUCUCAUUAUACGUGAGUUUGUCCAACACAGGUUUGAUGGAAUUUUGCAAAGAUAACUUUUUGACAUUCUCAGGCCUUUGUGGUUUUACUUUUAUAAUAGCUGUAAUUUUAGUCUUAGAUUCUUUUUGUUGUUGUUGAGAAUUUAUGCUUGUUCUUAUGAUGCUAUGAAAGCUUAUUUGCACCCACAGAAUAAAAAAGAAAAAGGAUAUCCAUUA